AUGAUAAGUAACAAGAAGAUAAGAUUAGUUGCAAUUUCAGCAGUUCUGAUAUUAUUCAUAAUUUUAUUCUUCAGGACUAGUUCCAAAUCUGAACUACGUCCCGAAACGUUAAAUAAUGAUUCGAAGGCACAGACAUUAUUAACUUCCAAUAAUUUGAUCGAUUCGAAGAAUGAUGAUAAGGUGGAUGCAGCCAUUAAUAAUGAGAUAUCUAAACUCAAUAAUGAUGAUUCAGAAAAGGUUCUUUCACCAGAGAAGACACAAGAGGACACAACCGAGAAAUCGAAAGAAGAAUUUGACGUAGCAAAGGCAUUACUAGAAAUCAGAGCCUUGUCACCUAUGGUAAUAUUUUCCAAGACAUACUGCCCAUAUUCCAAGAGACUUAAACAAUUAUUAAAGGAUAAUUAUCAAAUAACUCCAGAACCUACAAUUGUGGAGCUCGACAGACAUGGAUACGGUCAGAAUUUACAGGACUAUUUAGAGGAGACUACAGGGCGUGGAACUGUUCCUAAUGUUUUAGUAGGAAGUUCACUUGAAAGCAGAGGAGGAUGUGAUGACAUUAAGAAAUUACAUGAUGAGGGCAAAUUGCAAAGCUUAUUAAUCGAAUGGGGUUCGACAAGCUCCAAGAAGCUCGACGUCAAGAAGAUAGAAGCACCAUCUAAUAGUUAA